AUGCAGAUGUCCAACAACUCCUCCCUGCUACAAUGCAACAACAUAGGGAGUUAUGUGGCCUUCACCAGCUGGAUCGCCGUCUACCUGCACAUCUUUCCCACCUUCAUAUCCGUCACUUUCUUCGCUUUCAGAAAGUGGAAGUGGCACCGCUCCACCAUCACCCACUCGGACGUCUUCACUUUCCACAUGGUGGUGAUGGAGCUCCUGAACCUUGUGGGCUCGGGCUUGAGCUUCGUCCGACUCAUGUGGCGACCAAACUUAUCUGAAUCUGGAAUUGGCCUGAAGUACUUUGCCUCCAUCGGCGUGAUGUGGCUCCACAUUCUGACCUGCGUAGAACGCUACAUGGCCGUGGUUCACCCAAUCACGUACCUGCGUUUGAAGAAAAGGGGCGGAGUCACCAUCAGGAACAUUAGCCUCGGUUGGGCUUGGUCUUCGACCCAUGCUCGUGCGUCCCCGUCUGUUUCGGGCUCGACGCCUAGCUCCCUGAACGACUUGUUCGUUCCCCCCUCGCCUGUGCCCGACCGGUCCCGGAAGAGCGCGCGUCUGGCGUCCCAAGAUGCCGGGUCCGUCCGCACCUUCCUCGCGGCCCGCGGCGUCGUGCCAGAGGACGCUCUUGUGUUGACAGUCCUUUGGCCCCACACCUCCGCAGAUUGGUGUUACGAUGUUGGUGUAGAUGAAGAAGAACCGAUCCAACCCAAGCUGAACUUCACUGCAUCACUGGACCCUCCCACCCUGUCCCUCUCUGUGACUGUCGGGGUCUCCCAGGCACAGGGUCAGGCCGUGCGAGUGCUGUUGGGCUCUCAGUUCAUGGUUCAAUGUUCAGUGAACCCUCAGUACCCAGAAGGCUCCUUCAUGCUGCCCUCACCCUCUGGGAACCGUAUCCUGCCGUCUGUCAAUCACACCGGCUUCUCCCACAAAGGAAAAUACACCUGUGUUUUCUUCCACUACUCCUCCUCUGCGAGCGAGAGUCUGCAGAUUUCACUGGGAGGCAAAGGCCAGAAGGGGCACUAG